AUGGAGAAGCUCCAAUAUCCCGCUCUAGACAUCACCGGUACCAACUACAUUUUAUGGGUUACAAAUGUUGAACUUCAUCUUGAAUCUCUUAGUCUAUCCCAGACCAUUAAACAGAAUAAUACUUCAAAGCCUCAAGAAAAUGCUAAAUCGGUGAUCUUCCUUAGAAGACACCUUGAUGAAAAUAUUAUUUAUGACUAUGCCAACAUGAGAGACCCUAAAGAGCUAUGGAAGUCUCUGAAAGAUCGAAUUGUGGCCGGAUUGAGAUACUGCGGUGAAAAAAUCACCGAAUCUCAAAUGCUUGAGAAGACAUACACCACAUUCCACAAGAGCCACAUCACCCUGCAACAACAGUACAGGUUGCGGGGAUAUACCAAAUUUUCGGAUUUGAUUGUGGCGCUUCUCAUAGCAGAAAAGUACAACGAGCUUCUGAUCAAGAAUCAUAUGACUCGUCCAACUGAUUCUAAAAUGUUUUAUGAAGCAAACGCACUCGAUGCGAAGAAACUAGUCAACGAAAAUAAGGCCUUUCGGGGUCCCGGUCAUGGUCGUCAAAACUACCGUGGACGUGGACGAAAGUACAAUCCACAAGAUAGGAAGUCAUUCUAG